AUGAACACCUCAACAAGAUCAUCAGGUCUAGCAGGAUCAACCUCAGCUAGACCUCCUGCAACUUCAACUUUAUCGUCUCUGUUGGCUCAAGCAAACUCACUCAAUGAAGUUGACUAUGAUUCCGAAUUACCUCAAAUCAGAUUUGGUAUCGAUGAUAUCGAAAGGAUGAGUGAAGCAGUAGCUGGACGAGGAAAGAAAAGUAAGAAUGAGAGAGGUGAAGGCUUCAACCUUCUCUCAAACCUUGGCGUCAACACUUCUCAGCUCACUCACAACAUAUCACAAUUGCCCAAUGCCGCCGAACCAUCCGCUCGACCAAGACGAAGGAGACAGCCACCUCAACAAUCGAGAUUAGAGCCAUUGGGAGAUAUGGGCCCUUCUUACGCUAUCGGAGACGGUGAUAUUGGCGCUUGGGGCAGAAAUUGGCAUGAGAUGGUCAUUCUCGGCGGAAUAGAGGUUCAAAGACAAAGGACGAUCAAUUCAUUCCAAAAGCAAUUCCAACAACGUAUACUUCAAAAUUGGGAACUCGAGAAAGCUCGUGUCUUGCAAGAUGAACUCGGAGUCACAGAUGAAGAAAUUGCAGGUAUCACAGGAUCAGCAAAUGGUUUGACUGGCUCAACAUUGGGCCGAAGUGCCCUAGGAGCAAGUACAAGACGAUUCCCAAUGGCUCAAUCCCAAUUGGGCAAAUCUACCUCUGAAUCGAAAGAAGGUGGUUUAGUGAUGCACACCAAAAUGGUCAGGUAUGAACGUGUUAUAGGCGAUCUCAAUCAACGGAGAUUGCGUAAAGAGCCUUUCGAGCUGUGUCAAGCUUUAGAAGAGACGGUUAAAGGGGAUUCAAAACACCCGCUACUACCUGCCUCCUAUCAUAUUCUCGCUCAUCUCACUCACGAACCUUCCUUACGUGAUACCGCCGAUUACGCUUCUACAUCCUCUGAACCUCAUCAUGCUCCCGGAGAACCUGUACAGGAACGACAAUACGCUACUGCCUACUUGGGUGACCAGAGAUCAAAUCACGCUACUUUGCUCAGAGGGAGAUUGACAAUGGGUGGAAGGCGGUUCUUGGAGCGAGACUUUGAAAGACAUGUCGAAGAGACUAUAGCCAAGAAUCCCAAAGAAGCUGCUUUGGGAGGUAUUCCAGGCAUAAAGAAUAAGAUUAGAGCGUUUGUUGACGUCACUUUGAAAUCAAAAGAAGCCAAAGACGCUUAUCGACCAGAAACUGUCAACGGAUCUCUACUUUGGGCCCAAAUAUAUUAUCUUGUUCGCUGUGGAUACAUCGAUGAAGCUUUGACGCUCAUAGCUGAAAAUCAACAACAUAUCUCAAGAGAUGAUUGGUCUUUCCCCGGAGCGUUCAAGUCCGCUUUAUCAUCUUCUGAAAGACGUUUACCCAAAUCACAACGUGAUCAGUUAUAUAACGAUUUCAACGCUCAUAUCCGCAACAACCCAAACGUAGAUCAAUUCAAAUAUGCUUUGUACAAAUUAGUUGGAAGAUUUGAAUUAAAUAGAAAGACAGUUAAAGUAGCUGCUACUACAGAGGAUUGGAUGUGGAUUCAAUUAAGUUUAGUGAGAGAAAACAAAGAUGGCGAUAGUCCUCAAGAACAGUACGAUUUGAUCGAUUUAGGAAAAUUAAUAUUGAAAUAUGGUAAUGAUAAAUUCGAUUCUAAUGGUACAAAACCAUUAGCCUGGUUUAACCUUUUAUUGUUUACUGCACAAUUCGAAAAGGCUGUUGCAUAUCUAUACUCUAAACCUCAGCUCAAAACGGACGCUGUUCACUUUGCCGUCGCCCUGUCAUAUUACGGACUCUUAAGAGUCUCUCCAAAGGGCGAAGAGGCUGAACUAUUGAUCACGGACGAUUCUGAUAUCUCAAAUUUGAACUUCCCUCGAUUGAUCAAACAAUACAUCACACCAUUCUUCAAGCUUGAACCUCAAACUGCUCUUCAAUAUGCUUAUCUCGUUGCGUUAUCAAGCGAUUCACCUAAUCCUGCUAUUGGUCAAAAACAAAAACAACUAUGUCUUGAACUUGUACGAGAUAUAGUAUUAGCGUCAAGAUCAUGGUCUCGAUUACUUGGAAGUGUCCGAGCUGAUGGAUCUAAAGAAACGGGAGUCAUUGAACGAGAUUUGAAUCUAUUGAAAUUGUCAGAUGAACAAGACUACUUAAGACAAGUCGUACUAUCAGCAGCUGAACAAUCAUCAUUAGAUUCAUCAUUAACUGAUUCAAUCGAAUUAUAUCAUUUAGCAGGUGCUUAUGAUAAAGUAGUUGAGACUGUAAACAAAUCAUUAGGACAUUCGCUUGGACAAUCACAUCCUUCAUCUUCAUCAACUUCUACGUCCACAAGCACACAACAGAUCCAAUCAAACGCUCAAUCGAUUGGUCUUUCAGGUGCUUUCGGUGGCGCAAAUGAUAUUUUCGGUUUAGCUCAAAGAGUACAUGAUGUUUACGAGAGAGAUUUCGCAAAAAGAACCAGAGUAUCAAAAUUACAUUGGGAUACUUUGGAAGUUUUAUUGAAAUUGAAACUUGGUUUGAGACAAUUCGAAGAGGACAGACCGGAUUUAGCCUUGGAGACAUUCAAAUCCACACAAUUAUUACCAUUAGAUAACGAUCCACAAUCGAUUUCAAGAUACGCACAGAAUUUCAAGGAUAUAUUGGAUCAACCUGUCAUUUCCAAUUUAGAUGAAGUAAUAGUCACGACAAUGAAAUGUUUACAUUUAUUAUCGCAACAAUUGAAAUCUUCUCCAUAUGGUGAUCAUUCAAGAAUAACUCAAUUGAAUAUAUAUAAACAUCAAUCACAAUGUUUAAUCCAAUUUGCAAGUACCCUAAGAUUAAGAUUAGGUGCCGAUGUCUAUAGACAACUAAGUAGUAUGAGUGCUUUCUUCUAA